AUGGCGUGUGGAGCUACUUUGAAAAGGACUCUGGAUUUUGAUCCAUUAAUGACCCAAGCUUCUCCCAAGAGGAGGAGGUGCACCCCGAUCCGGUCUCCCGUCACUUCACCGCAGAAGUACCUCCGUCUGGAGCCUUCCCCGUUCGGACAAGUGUCGUCCAGACUCACCACAGAACAAAUCCUUCAAAACAUCAAGCAGGAGUACAAGCGGCUGAAACGACGAAACUUGGACAGUACUUUCCAGCAAGUAGAUAGCUUCUCUCCUCUGGACAUGCACAACAUCCCUAGUGGAUCCUCUAGUUCAGGUUCAUGCUCAGGCUCUUCAUCUCCCACUAGAAAAGAGCAGCCCCUAUUUUCCCUUCGACAGGUGGGGAUGAUCUGUGAAAGACUACUUAAGGACAACGAGGACAAAAUCCGGGAGGAGUACGACGAGAUCCUGACCAAAAAAUUAGCAGAGCAAUACGAUGCCUUUGUAAAGUUCACACAUGAUCAGCUGAUGCGGAGGUUUGGAGAGCAGCCUGCUAGCUAUGUUUCUUGA